CUUCCUCUCGCAGCGAUGAGGCUCUCUGUCCUCCGCCGUCUGGCGUGGAGACCGGCGACACCGGCUGCAGCCAAGCACGGCGGGAAGUGGGUCGGUUGCGGGGCUCUGCCUCUGCUGCGCCCUGGAAGCGGCUGCCCAGACGCGCUCCUGCUCCCCCGGGGCAUCUGCGGCACGUGGGGCCGCCUGGAGAAGCAGCGAGGGUCCGGCAGCGAAGGGCUACGGGGCUCGGCGGCCAGUGAAAUCAUUCAGAGUUCAAGGAAAGCCCUGAAUUUACUGCAGAGACAGCAUCCUUCAUUUAAGCCUGCACUCGCUGUUGUACAGGUUGGCGAUGAUGAUCUGGGGCAAGAAAUUAUCAAAAACAUUGCUGAAGAGAUUGGCCUGAAUGUUGUUCAUAUUUGUCUCCCUCGCAACUAUACUGAACAUGAGGUUAUAGAUGAAAUUGUAAAGCUCAAUGAGAAUCCUAAAAUUCACGGUCUUCUCCUUCGCCUCAGUAAAGAGUCAUACACAAGCAAAAUACUGAAUGCUGUGAAACCAGAGAAAGAUGUGAAUGGAGUAACAGAUUUUAACUUGGCAAGGUUGGUGCAUGGAGACAUGCAUGGAUGUGUGAUUCCCCCCACUGCUAGUGCUGUGGUCAAGCUUCUGGAAAAACUAGCAUGUACUACCCUAGAUGGAAAAAAGGUGUUACUUUUGGGAGUUCAAGGACCUUUAGAAGUCUCUUUGCAGUGCCUUCUUCAAAGAAAAGGGGUCAUGACUAUGAGUUGCAUGUGGAAAAUGAAGCAGCUUCAGACCAUGCUUCAUGAUGCUGAUAUGGUGGUAGUGGGUAGUGCCAAACCUAAAGAGAUUCCAGCUACUUGGAUGAAACCUGAGAUGACCAGUGUGGAUUGUUCACGUGACAUUUUAUGGGGACAAAAUGCUUCUGGUGAACAGUCAGUUAGGAGCAGUGACUCCCCUCUGAGUGAGGAUGUAGGUCAGCUGGCAAUGGCAAUGUGCAUGCAGAACUUUGUAAAGAUCAGUGAGCAGUGGAUACAGACUCAACAGUAUAAGACCUGGAAUCUUCGCUGCUUAAAGCUGCAACCGCUUUCGCCCGUUCCCAGUGAUAUUGAGAUUUCCCGAGGACAGAAUCCAAAAGCUGUUGAUGUCCUUGCUAGGGAGAUAGGAUUGCUUACAGAUGAAAUUGAAAUCUAUGGCCAAGCCAAAGCCAAAGUACGUCUGUCCCUGCUGGAAAGGUUAAAAGAUCAACCAGAUGGAAAAUAUGUGCUGGUUGCUGGGAUUACACCAACCCCACUUGGAGAAGGAAAGAGCACUGUGACAAUUGGCCUCGUUCAGGCUCUGACAGCCCACCUUAAAGUAAAUUCCUUUGCCUGCCUGAGGCAGCCUUCUCAAGGACCUACAUUUGGUGUUAAAGGUGGAGCAGCAGGGGGUGGAUAUGCUCAAGUCAUCCCAAUGGAAGAGUUCAAUCUUCACUUAACUGGAGAUAUUCAUGCCAUUACUGCAGCAAAUAAUUUGCUGGCUGCUGCUAUAGAUGCAAGGAUUCUGCAUGAAAAUACUCAGUCUGAUAAGGCCUUAUAUAAUAGAUUGGUUCCAUUAGUUCAUGGAGAGAGGAAAUUUUCAGCCAUUCAGCUUGCACGCCUGAAAAGGCUGGGAAUAACAAAAACGGAUCCUGACUCAUUAACAGCUGAUGAGAUUAGCAGGUUUGCAAGACUAGACAUAGACACAUCCACGAUAACAUGGCAAAGAGUGGUAGAUACAAACGAUCGAUUUCUUAGAAAAAUAACAAUUGGACAAGCAAGUACAGAAAAAGGAUUUUCUCGUCAGACUCAGUUUGAUAUAGCUGUUGCAAGUGAAAUCAUGGCAAUCCUAGCGCUGGCCAGUGGUCUGUCAGAUAUGAAAGAAAGAAUGGGGAAAAUUGUAGUUGCUAACGACAAAAAGGGGCAACCAGUGACAGCAGAGGAUUUGGGAGUAACUGGUGCUUUGUCAGUUUUGAUGAAGGAUGCAAUUAAACCAACACUGAUGCAGACAUUAGAGGGAACCCCAGUUUUUGUGCACGCUGGGCCUUUUGCAAAUAUUGCUCAUGGUAACUCUUCGGUUUUGGCAGACAAAAUAGCCCUUAAAUUGGUUGGCAAAGAAGGAUUUGUAGCAACUGAAGCUGGUUUUGGUGCUGAUAUUGGGAUGGAGAAAUUCUUCAACAUCAAAUGCAGAGCUUCUGGCCUGGUUCCCAGUGUGGUUGUGCUUGUUGCUACAGUGCGGGCUUUGAAGAUGCAUGGAGGUGGGCCAAAUGUGACAGCUGGUGCCCCUCUUAAGAAAGAAUAUACAGAAGAGAAUCUCAAGCUGGUAUCUGAUGGCUGCAGUAACUUACGGAAGCAAAUAGAAAUUACCCAGAAGUUUGGUGUUCCAGUUGUAGUCGCUCUCAAUGUUUUCAAAACGGACUCUCCUGCUGAGAUUGAUUUAGUCUGUGAGAUUGCCAAGCAGUCUGGAGCUUCUGAUGCAGUGCCAUGCAGUCACUGGUCAUAUGGGGGCAGAGGAGCUGUGGAAUUGGCUCAGGCUGUAAGAAGAGCUGCCAAUCAGCAGAAUAGCUUCAGGUAUCUCUAUGACCUAGAGCUUCCCAUUGUUGAAAAAAUAAGAAUGAUAGCACAGAAAAUCUAUGGAGCAGAGGAUAUAGAGCUGUCUCCUACAGCACAAUCUCAGAUAAAUCGUUACACUCAGCAGGGAUUUGGAAAUCUCCCAAUUUGUAUGGCAAAAACUCACCUGUCCCUCUCUCACAUGCCUGAGAAGAAAGGUGUCCCCACUGGCUUCAUCCUGCCUAUUAGUGAUGUGAGAGCCAGUAUUGGAGCUGGUUUCAUUUAUCCACUGGUGGGAACGAUGAGCACAAUGCCAGGAUUGCCUACAAGGCCUUGCUUCUAUGACAUUGACCUGGACCCUGAAACGGAACAAGUCAAGGGGUUGUUUUAAUAAAAGCACAAAAAUAAGACUUCUGCAGCUUCCAUGUUUUCCUGGAGUAUGACAAGCAUGAAUUUGAAGAAUGCCUAUCAUGUACCUCUGCAACAAUAUUGGAAUACACCAAAGCAAAUAAAUAUAAUAUUUCUUGAAA